AUGUCCCAUGAAGAUUAUUCUGAGGAUAAUAACGAAAACCAUAUUGACCAAUUAUCUGAUAUGUUUGCUAAUUUAGACAUUAGUAACCUUGAAAUUAAUAAUACUAAUAAUAUAAACCCUUUUUAUUCUCCUAGGCCUAUAGAAAAGUAUUAUUAUAAAUGCCACUCACCGCAAGAUUUGCUCUUUGAGGAACCUGAACCAUUCCAGAAUUCUUAUUCAGGAAAAGCCAUUUAUGAAUGGAAUGUUGAUGGUCUUAAUGACAAACAGAUUAUAGAUACAAUCCAUAGGAUGAUCAUGCAUUCUACUGUUUGCAAGCAACAUGGAAAUUUAGAUAGUUCUAUAGCAUCCUUUAUAACCACAGGAUUUGUUGGCCAACUUAGAGGCUGUUGGGAUCAUUAUCUCCCCAAAUCUCAGAAAUUAGAAAUUCUUAAUCAUAAGAAAAUCAUUAAGAUCGAGCCAGGAACCAGUAGAAGCACUACUUUGGCUACGACUACCACGGGAGAAGAAGAUGCAGUGUAUAGUUUGUGUCUCGUAAUCUUACAACAUUUUGUAGGAACCAAUGUCCCUAUUGGAGAAAAAAUCCAGACACUUCUCCAAAACCUUAGGUGUCCUUCUCUUACCCACUUUAGAUGGUGUAAGGAUACUUUUCUUUCAAGAGUUUAUCAAUUAAACAAUCCCAAUUCUUUGCAUUGGAAAGCAAAAUUUGUUGAUGGAUUACCCCAUUUCUUUUCUGAAAAGGUUAGACAAUCUUUAAGACAGAAAAAUGAUGGGAUAAAUAUAAAUUAUUCUGACCUUACUUAUGGUCAUAUAAUUAGAGCUUGUGUUAAUGAAGGAUUAACUUUAUGUAAUGACAUAAACCUUAGAAAUCAACUUAAAAAGCAAAAGCUUUCGGAGAAACACCAACUUCGGGAAUUUUGCGAACAAUUUGCUUUUAUUCUUGGAAAAUCUCCAGAUAAUAAUAAGAAGAAAAAAGGAAAAAAAUUCCGCAAUAAACCGUAUAAGGAUAAGUCAAAAACUUCUUAUAGAAAUUCUUAUAAGAAUAAGAAAAAGGGUCACUACAAUAAAGGUAGACCUAAAGAAAAAUCUUUUGACCCUAAAGGUAAAAGAAAAGCCAAAAAGUUUGACAUAACGCGUCAUAAAUGUGGCAAACAAGGUCAUUAUGCCAACCAAUGUUGGACUAAAAAAGCUCUUAAUGAGAUAGAAGAUGAACAAUUGCGUUCUCAAUUAGAAAAAGUUUUACUUCUCAAUUCUGAUUCUAAAAAUUAUUCUUCAUAA